GACCAAUCUUAUAUAUAAAUGAGUAUUGUAUCUUCUAUUGUCUUGCCCAUCAAACUUCACUUCAAGUUAACUAAUUCCAUCCCUAUUCCAUUCAACAGCAUCUAUCCAUCCAUCCAUCAUGAGCAACUACAACCAAAAACAGGCUCCAGUGGCAUAUCCCUACCCAGCAGCACAGGCACAACCACAACCCCCUGCAUACUUAAUUCCCCCACCGCCUGCCGGAUAUCCCGUCAGAGAUGCAGCUCAAGCCUCCAAUUCCGCUCCGGCACCCGGCAAAACUACGUCCAAAGACGACGGCGGCAGCUGUGCGUGCUGCUGUUGCUGUUUCGGUUGACGACCCAAAACCGCAGAGACGACACCACCAUUUCUUCUUCCGCUCGUGCCAUUUCUUGUGCAGUAGCAUCUUUCUUUGUUUGUUUCUAGUUCAUGGCUUGGACUUCCUUUACGUUCAACUUAAUUGUGUGACUAGGUACUAAAAUUCGUAUGUUGAUGUGGGAUUUUUCAGUAGUAGCAUUACAUCUUCUCCUAGUCCUACUCCUGGAUUAAUCUCAUCUCAUGAGGAUUGAUCUUAUUGGUAUUGUUAUUGUAUGGGUUGGACGUGCACCAUUGUCAGAUUGAUGAGUAAGAAUCCCAUGAAACUAGUACUCGAUGGUCUUCUCUGUUAA